AUUUAUCACGCAAUUCUCGAUCACGAGAGCACACUCUUCUUUUUCGAAGGUCAUCUAGGACGAGGCAAAACCUUCUUAGUCAAAGCAUUGUCCUCUGCAUUACGAGCACAAGAAAAUAUCGUGUUAAUUGUGGGCAGCAGUGCCCUGUGCGCAACUGCUUACGACCGUGGACGGACA